AUGUCACAUGAUCAGGUCAUAAGAUCACGUGCUCAGAUAAAGUUGGCCGAACUUCAGCGUCCGUUGAAACGUUACAAGCGAGAUUUGAUUAGCAUCGACAGCAAACACGAGGUGAGGGCAUACAGGGAGAUAAACUUCAAUGAUGAUUUCUGGGAGAAUCAAUGGUACUUGCACGAUACAAAACCAGCCCGCAUGCUGCCAAAAAUAGAUCUUCACGUCAUUCCUGUUUGGGCCAAUAAUAUCACUGGACGAGGUGUCGUCGUCACUAUUAUUGAUGAUGGCCUGGAGCACAACCACACCGACCUUCACAGGAAUUAUGAUCCAAAAGCCAGUUGGGAUUUCAACGACAAUGAUAGCGAUCCUUUUCCACGAUACGAUGAAAGUGAUGAGAACAAACAUGGAACAAGAUGUGCAGGUGAGGUGGCAAUGGUUGAAAACAACAACUUCUGCGCCGUCGGGAUCGCAUUUAACGCCAAUAUCGGAGGCAUCCGAGUGUUAGACGGAGUGACGACGGAUCGUCUGGAGGCACUAUCCCUCAGCUACAACGUUGACCACAUAGACAUCAUGUCAGCCAGUUGGGGGCCCAGUGACGACGGCAAGUCUCUGGAGAAACCCGGAAUGUUGGCCCAGGCUGCUCUCGAGAAAGGAGUUACUAAGGGCAGAGGUGGGAAGGGAGUCAUCUACGUGUGGGCCUCAGGGAAUGGAGGAAUAUCCAAGGAUAACUGCAAUUGUGAUGGAUACACGGGUAGCAUAUACACGCUGUCAAUCAGCAGUGCAUCUGAAUGGUUCAACUCACCAUGGUACGCCGAGCACUGCCCGUCAACAAUUGCCAGUACCUACUCAAGCGGUGUCUACGGGGAACAGAGAGUUAUCAGUACAGACCUGCACAACCAAUGCACCACUGCACACUCGGGUACAUCGGCAUCAGCCCCACUGGCUGCUGGCAUCAUUGCUCUGGUACUUGAAGCUAAUCCCAAUUUGACGUGGAGAGAUGUUCAACAUUUAGUAGCAUGGACGUCAGAAUACGAACCACUGAGGAAAAAUAAGGGCUGGAUGGUUAAUGGGGCAGGUUUUUGGGUGAACAACAGAUUUGGAUUUGGUCUGUUGAAUGCAGCAAUGCUGGUCGAGGCAGCUGAUCCCAAGGUUUUCAAAUCCGUUCCUAAGCAGUCUCUCUGUAUCGCCAUGCCUGAACCUUCUGCUCUGCCGAGGAAGUUGAUGAGCAAGACAUCUCUGGAAGUUGCUGUAUGGAGUGACGCCUGCGAAACAGCUGACAACCUCGUCAACUACAUCGAACACGUGAUAUUGGUUCUGGACAUGAACUAUACUAGGAGGGGUAACGUUCAAGUGCAUCUCAAGUCCCCGUCAGGCAUGGUUACAGAAAUGUUGACGGUGAGAAAGACUGACAACGCGACAACCGGAUUCCCUAAAUGGCCGCUCAGCUCCGUGCACAACUGGGGAGAGGAUCCGAGGGGACUGUGGAUCACCACCAUCGUUGAUAACGUGGAAGGAAAUCAUUGGGGAUAUUUGAAGGGCCUCCAGAUCCAAUUCUACGGCACAUCCCAAAUUCCGGAUCACGUGAUUAGGGGCGGGAUGAAGAGGACUUACAAGGAUUACCCCUUUGAGAGUGGAGCGGAGGAUGCACUUGACAAAGAACAGACGGAUGAAGAUGGUGAAGAUGAUGCCGAAGAAGAUGAGGAAUGGUUGCGAAGGAUCAUCGACGAGCAGGAAAUAUCGGAUGUCAAAUCCAGGAUCCUGAAGAUGCAAAGACACAGAACAUCCUAGAAUGAUGAAAUUUUACGGAAAAAAUAAAAUUAUUAUUUAACAAUUUUAAUUUGUUUAGUUGUGUAUAAUUAAUUAAUAUAUAUUUUUAAUUAAGUAGAAUUCUAAUAAAUUAUUGCUGUGAUGA